AGCGUUUGAGAGGCGGGCCGGUCGCCGGAGGGACUGUGCGGUGAUGGAGGUUCCUGCUGUCCGGCGCUGGCUUCUUGUGGGCCCGGCGGCCGCGGGCUGAGCCGAACGCGAGCACGGCCCAGAGAUGCCGGCGCUGGUGGUGUUCGGGAGGCGCUGGGCCCUGGCCAGUGACGACCUGGUCUUUCCCGGGGCCUUUGAGCUGUUCCUCCGGGUUUUGUGGUGGAUUGGGAUCCUGGUCUUGUACUUGACGUACAGAGGCCAGCUUGACUGUAAACAUGGAAGAAUUCUCCCCAGCUAUCUCCUGGUGCUGCUUGUCCUUUUGGCUGCAAUCAUAAUCAUCUUACUUGUAAUUGUGUGCACUAGCAUGCAAGGGACAAUCACUAAUCUGCGGCCACGGCGGCACAUCCCAGUUCUGAUCUACAUCCGAACUGCACUCUACCUACCCGAACUGGUCUGGGCUAUCUUGGGCGUAGUCUUGGUCAAUGAUGAAACAAUGGGCUGCCCUGCCACUUUGGUUAAUACAAUCUCUAUAGCUGUCAUUGCAAGCUGGGUUUUCUUACUGUUCACGGUGAUUGCAGUUCUCAUUGUCUUCGACCCUCUGGGUAGGCCCAAGCGGCUGGGCUUGGCUGCAGGCGAUGAGCGUAACCUGGAGAGCAGUGAGUCAUUGCAGUUUCUGUACACUGCCCGCUCGAUGGCUGCGCGGGUGUGGGAGUACAGGUUUAAGCUUCUGUGCUGCUGCAUUACGAGGGACGCGGAUAUCCAAGCCGCCUUCACGCACAUCGGUGAACUUUUCAGCAGCUUUUUCAUGGACACGGAUCUAGUGCCGGGCGAUAUUGCCGCGGGGCUUGCUCUCCUACACCUGGAGCAGGAUAAGAUAGAGCAAAGCAGGGACCUGGACGAUGAAGCGUGCGUGGACCCACAAACAGCGUCUGCGGCUGAAGAGCUGGACAAGGAGUUGGAGAAUGCGGCGCACUACAUGCAGUUUGCUGCUGCUAUCUACGGCUGGCCCCUGUACAUCUUCAGCCACCUGCUGACCGGCGUGUGCAAGCUGAACCCGAACUGCAGCUGUUGCAGACGCCAAGUUCCUGAGCACGACAUAGUUGGUGGGGACUGCCUGAACUGUCACUUCCAAUCUAUACUGCAGACCACAGGGCUGCAGUCCCGCGAUUUUAUCCACAUCAGUUUGCACAACAAGAUUUACGAAAUUCCCUUUUUUGUGGCGCUGGAUCACAAGAAGGAGGCGGUGGUGGUGGCUGUCCGGGGAACACUGUCACUGGAGGAUGCAUUGACAGAUCUGUGCGCAGAUUGCGAGACAGUGAACGUAAGCGGGGUGACGGGAGAAAGUUUGGCACACAAGGGCAUCCUCCAGGCGGCCACUUACAUCUACGAGAAGCUGAUGAACAACGGGAUUUUGAGUGAAGCCUUUGCAGUUGCUCCUGAGUACAAGUUGGUGGUGACGGGACACAGUCUGGGUGCAGGUGCUGCUGCCGUCCUCGCCAUCAAGCUUCACGCCUCAUUCCCCACGCUGCGCUGCUACGCCUUCUCGCCGCCAGGCGGGCUGCUGAGCAAAGCGCUGGCCGAUUACAGCAGAGGAUUUGUCCUGUCUGUCGUUUUGGGCAGGGAUCUCAUCCCAAGGCUGAGCCUCCCCAACAUUGAGGAUCUGAAGAAACGGAUACUCCGGAUAGUCGCUCACUGCAACCGGCCCAAGUAUCAAAUUCUCCUGAGAGGCUGCUGGUAUGAAGUCUUUGGCGGAGACCCAGGAGGCUUCCCCACGGAGCUGGACGGAGAGCACCGGGCCCAGCUCACUCAGCCGCUGCUGGCCGAGCAGACUCUGCGGGGCGGCCACGCCGAUUCCAGUGGCUGCACCUCCGACGUGUCGCCUCCAGGAUCGCCCUUCCGAGGGCCACCCCUCUUCCCACCAGGAAGGGUUAUUCACAUCAGGGAGGAGACCAGCACUGGAUGCCUGUGCUUUUCCAAGGUGAAGUACCACGCUGUGUGGAGCGAUGCCUCUUCCCUCAACAAGAUCCUCAUCAGCCCCAAGAUGAUAACGGAUCACAUGCCAGAUUUGCUGUUGGAUGUCCUGCGGGAUCUAACGCAAGAGACUCCUUAUCUCCUCUGCCCCUCGCCUGACGCCACACCGAGUGAGACCCUCCCCGUCUAGCUGGAGCCCUUUGAAGAGAGUGAAGCAUGCUAGGAGAGAGCUGAACAGUGUUACCCAUGGCCAUGGCUGUACCUGCUGUGUGGACUCCUCACAUCUGUCUCUAUCGUUCCGGAUGUUUUCUCUCAUAAAGACACUGAAUUAGUGAUGAUAUUCUCUUAGGACAACAUAAUGGAUCUGAUUGUUUGUACUAACCUCAAGCACCUUGUAAUGUUGGUAAGGUGAGGAGAUUGAGAUUCCCAAAAAGAACUAUUGGGAUGAUCUAGGCCAGAAUUUAUUUUCUGAUCACUCAAAGUGGAGUUUAUGUGGUUAGUUUAACAUAUAAAUCUGAAUGAAUAAAUCCAUAUUGUAGGAUGGAUAUAUAUUUAUAUAAUUAUUUCCUCCCUUGGUGAUUGGUUUGGGAUGCAGGCACUGACUGCUCUCCCUGCCCGGUGAGGUUGGCGUGUUUCCUCCGCUCACAGUCUUCUGCUGUGUGGCUGAGGUUAUUGCUGUUCCCUUUCCAGUUUGGUCUGAGGCUUGCUAGGGGGAUGUGGGCACUGUUGCCUUGUGCCUUGUUGUCUUUGCUUGCUAGGUGUCCUCGUUGGAAAGUUAAGAGACAUAAUUGGUUAAAAUAGUUUUAAAAAUUGGUUAAAAAGGGAUAAGAAAAGUAAUUGAAAUGUUAAGAUACACAAGGGGGAGGAGGGUAGGAGGAAGAUGUACACCCAGCUGGUUCAUUGUAUCAUUAUUAAAACUGGCCGCUCUGAUUCAGUAACCACUCUUCAACCUCCAGCCCUGUGCCACCACUCAGCACUUCACUUUUUUCAGAUCCUGUUUGGGAUUGUUGAAAUGGCAACUGUCCAGUCUCAGCUCAAUUCCUCUUUCUUUAAUAGUUAUUUAUAGUGGGGGGGGGGGAGGAAUGGAACUGCAGAUGCUGCAAAUCUUGUGUGUAAUUUCACUCCAGGGUAGAGCCACAGAGCAUGGAGUCCUUCUGUCUCGGCUGUUAGGUGCUGUUUCUAUUUUUGUCCACCCUGUGUGGUUCAGUACCCAGGGAAUGAGAUGUCUACCCUGUGUGGUUCAGUACCCAUGGAAUGAGAUGUCCACCCUGUGUGGUUCAGUACCCAUGGGAUGAGAUGUCCAUCCUGUGUGGUUCAGUACCCAUGGAAUGAGAUGUCCACCCUGUGUGGUUCAGUACCCAUGGGAUGAGAUGUCCACCCUGUGUGGUUCAGUACCCAGGGAAUGAGAUGUCCACCCUGUGUGGUUCAGUACCUGUGGAAUGAGAUGUCCACCCUGUGUGGUUCAGUACCCAUGGAAUGAGAUGUCCACCCUAUGUGGUUCAGUACCCAGGGGAUGAGAUGUCCACCCUGUGUGGUUCAGUACCCAGGGGAUGAGAUGUCCACCCUGUGUGGUUCAGUACCUGUGGAAUGAGAUGUCCACCCUGUGUGGUUCAGUACCCAUGGAAUGAGAUGUCCACCCUAUGUGGUUCAGUACCUGUGGAAUGAGAUGUCCACCCUAUGUGGUUCAGUACCCAGGGGAUGAGAUGUCCACCCUGUGUGGUUCAGUACCUGUGGAAUGAGAUGUCCACCCUGUGUGGUUCAGUACCCGUGGGAUGAGAUGUCCACCCUGUGUGGUUCAGUACCCAGGGAAUGAGAUGUCCACCCUGUGUGGUUCAGUACCCAUGGAAUGAGAUGUCCACCCUGUGUGGUUCAGUACCCGUGGGAUGAGAUGUCCACCCUGUGUGGUUCAGUACCCAUGGAAUGAGAUGUCCACCCUGUGUGGUUCAGUACCCAGGGAAUGAGAUGUCCACCCUGUGUGGUUCAGUACCCAUGGAAUGAGAUGUCCACCCUGUGUGGUUCAGUACCCAGGGGAUGAGAUGUCCACCCUGUGUGGUUCAGUACCUGUGGAAUGAGAUGUCCACCCUGUGUGGUUCAGUACCCGUGGGAUGAGAUGUCCACCCUGUGUGGUUCAGUACCCAGGGAAUGAGAUGUCCACCCUGUGUGGUUCAGUACCCAUGGAAUGAGAUGUCCACCCUGUGUGGUUCAGUACCCAUGGAAUGAGAUGUCCACCCUGUGUGGUUCAGUACCCAUGGAAUGAGAUGUCCACCCUGUGUGGUUCAGUACCCGUGGGAUGAGAUGUCCACCCUAUGUGGUUCAGUACCCAGGGGAUGAGAUGUCCACCCUGUGUGGUUCAGUACCCAUGGAAUGAGAUGUCCACCCUGUGUGGUUCAGUACCCAUGGAAUGAGAUGUCCACCCUGUGUGGUUCAGUACCCGUGGGAUGAGAUGUCCACCCUGUGUGGUUCAGUACCCAGGGGAUGAGAUGUCCACCCUAUGUGGUUCAGUACCCAGGGGAUGAGAUGUCCACCCUGUGUGGUUCAGUACCUGUGGAAUGAGAUGUCCACCCUGUGUGGUUCAGUACCCAUGGGAUGAGAUGUCCACCCUGUGUGGUUCAGUACCUGUGGAAUGAGAUGUCCACCCUGUGUGGUUCAGUACCCGUGGGAUGAGAUGUCCACCCUGUGUGGUUCAGUACCCAGGGAAUGAGAUGUCCACCCUGUGUGGUUCAGUACCCAUGGGAUGAGAUGUCCAUCCUGUGUGGUUCAGUACCCAGGGGAUGAGAUGUCCACCCUGUGUGGUUCAGUACCCAGGGAAUGAGAUGUCCACCCUGUGUGGUUCAGUACCCAGGGAAUGAGAUGUCCACCCUGUGUGGUUCAGUACCCAGGGGAUGAGAUGUCCACCCUGUGUGGUUCAGUACACAUUUCUACUGUCUCUGUGCUUCUGUACCCAAGGGACGAGGUACUCUUCCACUGGCGAAUGUACUGAAGUAUUUGCUUUCCUGGAAUACUCUGGUGGUGGAGUCCAGUGUUGGUCAUGGGAAUUGUGCAAUCCAUUCCCUGUGAAAUUUUGAGCGGAAACCUUGAUCUUGAGGAGGUUGCUGGUGUUUGAUCCUCUGUCUUCAUCCCUGUGGCAAGGUGGGGGGUAUCUGGUGCCUCCUCCAAAGCUUACAGGAGGGCAGAUGUUUGUUCAGUGUUACGAACCCCGUAACUGGGUCACUUACCAGCAAAGUUAGAAAGGUCCGUUGAAGUCUGAUGAUACUAUUUUUAACAGUAACAACAGUAACCCAUGCCUCUGGCUGUCUGUUACUUCACCCCAUGGACCCAAUAACCAAAGGUGCGGAGAGACUUUGGGCACCGGUUUGCAUGUGGAUUGUGGAAGCUUUUAAACUCUCCAGUGCCUUACAACUGACUUGUGUGACAGCUCUCACCAUGGGCUAUCUAACCUGAACUUCCACCUCUGUGCUUUCAUCCUCAUCUCAAGAUUGUUUCAGAUUCAAGAUCUUUGUAUAUAUCUCACCAUGAGCAUUUCUACCCAGAAAUCUUCACCUUUGUUUUCAUUCUUACCUGUUGAAAUAUCACAAACAACAGUCUUAAUAGCAAAAUGUGAGUCAAAAUAGCUAUGGCCAAGCACUAACACUGAACCCCUGUGCCAAUCUCAGCUCAUGAAGCUUGCUUGAGUAUUAUGAUAUUGGGCACAUAUCUCGCAGGCUGAGAGGGGACAUUGGUAAUAAACUUGUUCUGACUCUGUGGGCUGGGACGUUCUGUGCCACGUGUACACGUAUCAAGGCUGAGCUGCCUGUGGGAGAACCUUGCACUCUGGGGGUGUCGCUCUCAAUUGAGAACUGAACCAAGGAACCUUUGGAGCUGGGGGAUUGUUGAGUUGUGGUGACUUGGCGCAACAACUUCAAAGGGCAACUUUUUUUGCAGCAGUUAUAUUCUGCCUGCUGACUACCCCAGCAGAUGCUGGUCACCGUUGCUUAGCUCAGCUCCUCAUCUUGAUCUUUACGUCAGUGUGUGAUUACUACAGGAAGUUAAGAUACCCGCUUGUAGCUUGGUGCUAGUAUUUAUGGCAACUGACAUCACUGGUUGCCCACAUCUGAAACCCUCCUGUUCAGUGAUUCCCCCCCCCAACUCACUUUUUUCAAUGCUCAAGCUUAAUUAUCAUUCAACUGUACAUGAAUAUAACAAAACAAAGUGGCGUUUCUCUGGGGCUAAGGUGCAAAACAUGUUACCACAGCAAUGUGUUCGUAAAGCAGCUGACUCUUGUAAUCUGCAUAAAUAAGUAAUCAUGACAAGUUUGCUUCGAACUUUAUUUAUCAAAGCCCAGGAGUAUGAGAGUUUGUGUACAGCUUUUUUGUACAAUGAAUGCCACUAAUGGUUUGUAAAGCUGUGUGGACCAAGUGAUAUUUAAUCCUGUUCUGUAAAUAUUGAAAACUGCAAUGUGCAUCACACCAGCCAAUAUACAAAAUAAAGUUGUCAAACUAUG